AUGAAUCUCAAUCUCUCGGGAACCGUCAAUGUGUUCAAGUUGCUAUUCAAACCAUCCCUAUGUCUUCCGCAUCACACCGUAGCAACCUUCAAUGACCUUCCUAUUCCUUUCGAGAAAGCCUUCGAGGGACAAAAUCGGAAGUGCGAUAUUAGAGCAGUUGUUCUCGACAAAGACGACUGCUUUGCUGUUCCCCACACAAAUGAGGUUCAUAAACCGUACAAAGAGCGCUUCGAGCAGUUAAAGGCCGCAUACCCCGGCCGCCGCCUUGUCAUUGUGUCCAACACCGCCGGAGCAACGUCAUAUGACACUUCGCUGAAGCUGGCCAAGGAGCUUGAGCAGGCUACCGGCAUCACUGUUCUCCCACACAAGACGAAGAAGCCCGGCUGCGGCUCAGAGAUCAUGGACUACUUCCAAAGUCAUCCGGAGACAGGCGUCUCGCAUCCAUCCCAGAUUGCGGUCGUCGGUGAUCGUUUGACGACGGACAUGAUGCUGGCCAACUUGAUGGGCGGCUGGGGCUUCUGGAUCAGAGAGGGCGUCGUGCCUCCAGAGAAGAAAAGCAUUGUAAGUCACCCUCUGCACAUGCUUGAAAGUCACGCUGAUCGACGAAUGAAGUUCUCGAGGCUGGAGUGGCGUCUCGCCGCAGCACUUACAUCCAGAGGCUAUCAACCAGCCGAGCCGCAGAGUCCAUUUGAAUAG